AUGAAUGCCCAAGACCACGUUGCUGGCGUUCUGGACGAGCCCAUCGAUUCUAGCAGCCAUCAGCUGUUGUUCCGGUCGUCUGAACCCAAUGUCACCAUCUACGAUGCUACAUACGCUCCUAUAGACAUCUCUACGACGGUUCGCUUCUAUGGCACCUUUAUCCUGAACCGAGAAACGGACCCUGAGACCCAGUCGGUGGAAGACGAACUGACCUGCUAUCGUCGCAAUCUCUUCCAAGUGGCCGGUCGCGUCGAUGCAUGCGGCUAUCCCGCCCAUAUUGCCGUCAACGACAGCACUGGUACCUCAGGCAGCGCACACGAAAGGCCGCUACGCGCAGUCUCGCAUCUGAGGGCGUCUCUUUCGGCCGUCGAGUCUAUUGACUGGCUGCCGGUACCGAUCUUAUCAGCUUCCAGCAGGAAUCCAGAUGCCGCUCCCAACUCACAGCCCCUGGGGGACGUUGACUUGGAGUUUCAGGAAACUCCGUCCGGGUUCACGGCUCGUAUCAAUUGGGAGCGUCUCCAGUUUCGUUCAGCAACCAGCAACAAUGGCCGACGAAGGAAGGAAAUACGCCAAAAAUUCGUUGUCCAUUGCACCAUCGUGGCCUGCAUGGCCGACGGUUCGGAGAUCAAAGUUCUGGCUACAGCUUCGAUGCCGCUGACGGUUCGUGGAAGGAGUCCUAAAAAUUUCUCUUCUCGCAAAGACAUUGGCGUCAAUUUAGAUCAGACCAGUUGGCCGUCGACAAGAGACGGAACUUCCACUGACUCCUACCAUGCCAACCCUUCUGCGGCUAGAAAUUUCCCUCCCUCUACUAUGCGAGAUGCUAGCAAUCACCAACGCACGCCUUCAGUCUCUCCGUUGGACUCGACGAUAGCGGAGAAUGACUUGGGACUCGAUCAAGUCAUAUACUCACCCGCCAUGUGGGACUGGAUUGACUUCUCCCAGAUUUCAGAUAUGGCUUCGCCAAAUGUCCUCUCAUCAUCUUCAUUUCCUCACCAAACAUGUCCAGCAAGUGAUACAGGGACUCUCGUGCCGAACCAUGAUCAUGCACUGAGUGGGCACCGUUUUAAUAGUCGCAACGACGCUUAUCUGCCUCUGCCCGGAGGGUCAGGCCCUCUCGGGCAGCAGAAUAUGACUGAAAUCACCGACAACGAUUUACAGCCUCUACCGGGCAUCCAGUCCACUGAUGUAGCGAUUGACGUCCCGCUUCAGCAACGCCAGAGCUUGCCGAUGAACCAGACAUCUACUAACUCUUCCCUAGCCACGCCAAAUUCUGUUGGAGAUGACACGAUGCCCAGAGCCAAGGCUGGCGAUCUGAUAGGAGCACCGUCCGGGUCACUCGUCGCAGGUCACAGUCCAGCUGCCUUCAACAGUGACGUUCUUAUGUCAACAUCCUCCCUUCUUGGCUCCAUCGCCUCGCAGUCGUCGCCUGCGUCGUACACUUAUGUGCCCGUGGGUAUCCAAAACUGGCAGGAACCAGUGAAUCCCGUAUUCUGGCACCAUCCGUGGUGUCACUUCGAAGAAGGACGGAAAAGCCAUAUACGCCCACCAUUCGAGAAGGGAAGGAACCUCCCUGGCCGUAUUUGGUCGCAUGUGUGA